AUGUCUGAACAACUAUUAUUAGAAGAAAUUAACCAAGAUAUAAAAAAUAGCAUAAACCCUGAAGAAAAAGUAAAUCUUCUUGUUAAAAAAUCCAGAUUAUGUAUUAAAUUAAAAAAAAUAGAUACAGCACUAAACACACUUCUUGAAGCUUUUCAUAUAUCUCCUCAAAAUGAAGAUGUUAGAUCUUCAUUGAAUACGCUAAAAAUGCAGUUUCAAGGAAUAGGAAUAUUUUCUAAUGACUAUAUUAAGGCUAUAUUACUAGAUAACUCAAAAAAAAGUGACGAACAAGAAGUAUUUAGUUGUUUUUUAGGACCUAAUCAGGAUUUGCAGAUUAAAAAUUUCAUUAAUGGGAAUGGAAUAUAUGAUUUGAUGGAAGGGUUUUCAAAAUCUCUAUAUGAUUUACAUUUUUCUCUUACUGGACGUCUUAUUCUUAUGCUCUGUUCUUUAUCAGAUUUAGCAUCUAAAUCAAUGAUUGAUUAUGUAAAUAAUAAUACAUUCGAUGCAACAUUUCUAUCAAAAGUUCCUGAUACUAUUGUUGAAACAUUAUUUUUAAUUUUUUGUAAAAAAAACUUAUGGUCAUCUACAAAAACAUGGGAAUUUUUUUUAUUGAAAUUCUUUAAUGAUAUCAGUAAUGAAAUAAAAGAAUCAGGAAAAGAAAGACAAAUGUUGUUAUUAAAAAACAUUUCUAAUAUUUUUUCUUUAGAAGAUACUAUUUUUCAAAUUUUUUGUAAUUCUUAUUCUUUAUGUAGUGUACUUAGCUUAUUUGAUCUAAGAAAUGGUAAAGAAAUCAGAAAAUUGUCUUCAUUAAUAAUUUCGAAACUAAUCAAAAAAAAAGAUAUUAUUACAGAACAGUUUUUGCAAGAUCGUAUCUUUGAUUAUAUACUUGAAUGCUUAAAAGAGAAUACAAAUAAAAAAUUGAUUGAAAUAUAUUCAAUUUAUAUUCAUAUUUUCGCACUUGAUUCAUCAAUUGCAGGAUCUCUCUUUUUAAAAAAUGGAUUUUUAGAGGAAUUAUGUGCAGAUAUUCAAAAUGAUGACGAAGUAAAUCUAUUUUUUUUACAAAUGAUUUCAUCCUCUUGUAUUAAUUCUAAUUGCCGGGAAAAGCUACUAGAAAUGUUUAUUCCGACUUUAAAUGAUUUAAGAAAAGAGAAAAAUAUCAAAAUCAAUUCUUUAUCUGAAAUUAUUAUGAUAAAAUUAACAUAUCAAAUUAAUAAAAAAGAAAAUACUAAUAAUUUAUCUAAAGAAAAUAUAUUAAAUCUAACUAAAAAUAUUGUUUCUAUAAUUUCUCAAGAUUAUAUUAAUGUAAGUGUUUCAUUUAUUGAAGGUUUAACCUACCUUUCUAUGUUCUCUCACGUAAAAGAAUACAUAGUUUCAAAAGAAAGGUUAUUCAUGGCUAUUUCCAAAAGAAUUAAAGAAGAAUCAGAUGAUAUUAGCUUUAUUUUUUCAACUCUUGUAUGUAUUAAAAAUAUCGUAAGUUACAAACCUAAAUUAACUGAAGAACAAGAACAGAUAAUCAAGCUCAAAAAUAUAUUACAAGAACAUUUAACAGUCCAUGAAGAUAAUCUAGAAUCAGAUGAAAAAGUCUCAGAACGCUGUUUAAAAAUAAUAAAUCAUCAAAUAUUAAUAAUUCUUAAUUCGACAUUAUCAUGUAAAUUAGAUAGCAUAAAAACAUUCUGCUCAAAGAUUAUACUGUCACUUGCAACAAAACCUAAACACCGUUUUCUUCUUGCGGAGCAAGGUGUUAUUCGAAUUCUUUAUAAUAUAAUAAAAGAUUCUCAAAUAAAAGCAUUAACAGUCGAAGAUUCGGAAACUAAUUUCCAAUAUCCUGCAAUAGUUUCACUUGCAAAAAUGCUAAUUACUAUCAAUCCAAAUUCGGUAUUUGAUAGAUCAAGAUUUCAAGUCGAUGAUAUUGUAAUAUAUAUAUAUGAAUGUUUAAAAGUAUCUGAAAAUAAUAACCUAUUGGUUCAAUUUGAAUGUCUUCUUGCGCUCACUAAUUUAACUUCUUUAAAUAUAGAAGUCAGAGAAAAGUUUAUUUCUAUUCUCUGGCCUAUGAUUGAAUGGCUAUGGCUUUCAGAUAAUCAAUUAAUUCAAAGAUCAGCUGUUGAAUUAUUGUGUAAUCUAGUUGCAUGUCCAUCUGGCAUAACAAUAUUUAGCAAGAAAAGAAAACAAAGAAUUCAUAUUUUAUUAGCAUUAGCAGAUUCACCUGAUAAAAAAACUCGUAUUGCUGCAGGAGGAGCUUUAGCAAUUUUGUCUAAUAAUAUAUCUAUUUGUGAAGCAAUGUUAGAAAAAAAAGAAGCAAUUAAAAUUAUAUUAGAUAUGGUAAAUGAAGAAACAGAUGAUUUGAUACAUCGCGGACUAGUAUGUAUAGAGAAUAUAAUACACUUAAUGGAUUCUAAAAACAUGCCUAUAUUUAAAGAAUUAAAUAUUGCUGAAAGUUUAUCCAGAAUUAUUAAAAAAACCAAAAAUAAAGAAAUCAUUGAUCUGUCCUAUCAAAUCAUUCAAAAAUUGAAAAAGGUAAAUUAUAUUAGUGAAUAA